AUGCAAAACAAGUCCCAAAUACCGCACAAGAAGAUAUGUUUGACCGCUUUCAUCGUUUCCUGUUUGAUUUUGUCGAUAUUUUACUACGAUGAGACCCUUCUGCACGCCUCCAUUCCCUACGCAGCUUUCAUCACUUGGGAUGCUCGAAAUCAGACCAGCUUCACCGAGAAAACGCAGCUUAACACCACCACCAGCACCCCAUCAACCACUAUCACGAUCGAUUCAAACACCACAGCAGCUUCGAUUACCUUCAAAGAAACCAGUACAGCUUCUGUCGAAAGUUCUUCUACUGCGACUACCGCUUCGAAAUCCAAGUAUUUGGUGUCGAGCGCGAAGUGCAAGAUACCCGAUUUCCAGCCGUUCAACAAGGAGGCCAGGAGGUUCUACAAAAAGCGCAAGUACCAGUCCUGCUCGUCCAAAAAACGGCUGACUUCCGUCACAGUCGCAGACCGCAAUGCCACUCUGUUCGUCGAAGAUUCCGUCGUACCCUCGUACUCCAGCUCCGGCGUGAAAUGCUGCUACUCCUACGUCACCAGGGCGCCCAAUCCCAAAGAUCCAGACGGCAAAAUCAAAUUAUCCCAAUGCAAAAACUUCGAUAGCAACGUGACGGUAACCAGCGAUCCGGUCUACGUGAAAUGCCUAGACAGCAAAACGGGCCGCAAGACCUACGAAAACGUCCACUCGUUCAUCCUCAUCGACGAUAAAGUCCGCGCCAAAUUGAACAAAACCUCCAACACCGCCGAGCCCAUGGGCGUCCUGCUGGUCGGAGUCGACAGCAUCUCGCGCCUGAACUUCGUCCGCAGCCUUCCGAAAUCCCACGCGUUCGUCGAACGCCACGGCUGGAUCCCGUUGAAGGGCUACAACAAAAUCGACGACAACACCUACCCGAACCUGAUGGGCAUCCUGACCGGCUUCAACAACACCAGGGCGUACGCCGUGUGCCAGCCGACGGUCGUCGGCAAGCUGGACGCCUGCCCGUUGCUGUGGUACGACUUCGCCGAGGCCGGCUACGUGACGGCGUACGCCGAGGACGAGGGCGCCAUCAACACGUUCAACUACAGGAAGAAGGGCUUCGUCCGGCCGCCGGUCGAUUACUACUACAGGCCCUACGUGCUGGCCACCGAGAAGCUGAAGAAGGUGUCCAAGGACGGGAUGACGUACUGCACGGGCGCCGAGACGGCCGGCGAGAGGAUCUUGAAGGUGGCCGAGGAGUUCGCCGUGAGGUUCCGCGGUUAUCCCAAUUUCGGGUUGUUCUGGAUGAACUCGUUCAGCCACAACGAUUUGAAUUCCCCUUCAGGCAUGGACGAUCGACUGGCGGAGUUCCUGGACUCGCUCACCAAAUCCGGUGUGACCAACACCUCGCUGGUGAUAUUCUUCAGCGAUCACGGCAUCCGCUUCGGCCCCAUCCGCAAGACGCUCACCGGCUGGCUGGAGGAGCGGCUGCCCUUCAUCUACGUCUCCUUCCCGCCGGCCUUCUCGCGCCUCCACCGGCGCGAGCACGCCAACUUCGUCUCCAACGUGCACCGCCUCACCUCCCCCUACGACCUCCACCUCACGCUGCGCCACGUGCUCGAGCUGGGCGGCGCGCCCGGCGGACGCGGCGCCGAGGGCUGCCCGACCUGCCGGUCGCUCUUCGAGCCCGCCGCCGGCGACAGAUCGUGCGCGGAGGCGGGCAUAGCGCAGCACUGGUGCACCUGCUCGGACUUCCGCGAGAGCCGGGUGAGCGGCAAGGCCGCCGCCGCGCUCGCCGACUUCGCCCUGAAGGCCAUCCGGGGGAUCGUGGGGGCGUCGAGCGAGGGGCGGCUGUGCGCCGAUUUCGCCGCGCGGAAGGUGGUCAACGUGAGGCUGUCGACGGGCGACGGGGGCGGGAGGAAGUUCGCGGUGUUCCACGUGGAGACGGAGCCGAUGGCGGUGUUCGAGAGCACGGUGAGCUACGUGGGGGACGUGGCGGCGGCGCGGUUUACGCUGUCGGGGGAUAUCAGCAGGUUGGAUAGGUACAACGAGCACAGCCAGUGCGUCAGGGAUGCUUAUCUGAAGAAAUAUUGUUAUUGUCGCGGCGGGGGUAGCCGUUGA